AUGAGUUCCAGCAGCAUUGAGGAUAUUGCGACUAAGACCGAGAGGUCGGCCCCGCCUCCGUACGAAGAGGUCACUACGCUUCCCAACGGACAGCACGAUGGCGUCAAUGGCCUAGGCAAACAAGAUGCCGGCGUCAGGAUUGACGAUUUUGGCGCCUCCCUCGAGAGGAGCCCAGAGGAGCUUGCUGUUGUUCGGAAGCUGGAUAUGUACAUCAUGCCCACCAUAUGGCUCAUGUACUUCUUCAACUUUCUCGACCGAAGUGCUAUAGUCAAUGGAAAGCUCGACGGGCUGGCUGAUGACCUCGACCUUAGGGGCACACAGUACAACACCUGCAUUUCUGUACUCUUUGUAGGAUAUCUUGUCGGGCAAGUACCGAGCAAUAUGGUGUUGAGCCGAGUACGGCCAAGCUUCUACUUGGCAGGUUUCAACGCAUUGUGGUCGGUGGUCACCCUUCUUACCUACAAGGCACAUGACUACAAAACAAUGAUUGCUUGUCGAUUCCUCCUCGGUGUUUUUGAAGCCCCUUUCGUCCCCGGCGUGACUUAUCUCCUCGGCACGCUCUACACCCGGAAGGAGAUAGCAACCCGGAUCUCGAUUUUUUUCACCGGAAAUCUUGUUGCCAGCGCCAUCUCUGGCCCGUUUGCAGCAGGAGUCUUUCAGCUGGAUGGCAGGGCCGGCAUCGCUGGGUGGAGAUGGCUCUUUAUAAUCCAAGGCGCCCUGUCCUUAGCCGUCGCCAUCCCAGCCUUCUACACGCUACCCAACAAGCCCCUCACCACCCCCUGGUUGACGCCGGAGCAACGCCAGCUGGCCCACGACCGGAUCGAGCGGGACACGACGAACCGCACCAGCGGCGGCAAGACGACGAUCGUCAAGGGCCUGUCGCAGGCGGUGCGCGACUGGAAGACGUGGGCCUUUUGCCUGCUCUCUAACCUCAACGUGACGACGCUCGGCUUCCUCAACUUCCUCCCGACGCUGAUCCGGACGCUCGGCUUCGGGCCGACCGCCGCCCUGGCCCUGACGUCGCCGCCGUACAUCCUCGCCAUGGCGGUCAGCGUGCUGGUCGCGCACCACUCGGGCCGCACCAACGAGCGCACCUGGCACAUCACGGCGUGCGAGGCCGUGGCCGUGCUGGGGUUCGCCAUGUGCGCCGCCACGCUCGACGCCGGCGUGCGCUACGCCGGCAUCAUGCUCUUCGUCGGCUCCCUGGCCGGCGUCACCAACAUCGUCAUCGGCUGGACCAGCAGCUCCCUGGGCCAGACGGACGAGAAGCGCGCCGUCGCCAUGGCCAUGGCCAACACGUGUGCGAACCUGGCCAGCGUCUACACGCCCUACCUCUGGCCCGACGCCGACUCGCCCCGGUUCAUGAAGGCCACCGUGGCGAGCGCGGCGUUCUGCGUCGGCGUCGUGGGCAUGGCCUGGUUCUUGAAGUGGAUGCUGAGGAGGAAGAAUGACGAGAUGAGGAAGGCAGAUCCUUUGGCUGAAAACUUUUUCGUUUACUGA